UAAACUUGUAAUACUACUUAUUCAAAUCAACCAGCACCACCACUUCCCUUACAAACACCACCACCGCCUUCCACCACCCUCUCUCCCCUUACCACGCGUCACCAUCUUCAACCUCCAUCACCACAUACACUCAUGAUCUCCCACAAAACCCCCAAAAUUCACCACCAUCAACCCCUCUCACAAUGGUAGCAAACCAACCCCCCCACGGCCUAAUCGUCGGCAACUACUGCCACGACGUCCUCAUCAAAAACAACGCCGUUCUCGCCGAAACCCUAGGCGGCGCCGCUGCCUUCAUCUCCGCCGUCCUCGACGGCCUCCACCUCCCCUUCACUUACGUCACCAAAGCCGGCUCCGAUUUUGCCUACACCACCACUGUCAAUCACCCCCCAAUCAUCGCCGGAAAAACCGCCGUAUUCCACGCGUAUUUCGACUCUGAUCCAGCAGAUAUCCGGGGGGAGGAUCGGAUCCUGAAACGGAUCAGGUCGUCCGACCCGAUUUCACCGUCGGAUUUACCGGAUGAUGACGUCAGGUUCGGUUUCGGUUUGGCGGUUGGAGUUGCAGGGGAGAUUGUUCCGGAAACUUUAGAGAAAAUGGUGGAGUUGUGCGACGUCGUUUUGGUUGAUGUGCAGGCGUUAAUUAGGGUUUUUGAUGAAAGUGAUGGGACUGUGAAGCUUGUGAGCCUAAAAGAGACUGGAUUCAAUCGGUUAGUUAGUCGAAUCGGGUUUUUAAAAGCUUCGGCUGAAGAAGUGCCUUACGUUGAUGUGGAUGAGGUGAGGAAGAGUUGUUGUGUGGUGGUGACGGGUGGAGAGGAGGGGUGUACGGUGUAUUGGAAGGAUGGUGAGGUGAGGAUACCGGCUUUUUCCUCGGUUCAGGUUGAUCCAACUGGGGCUGGGGAUAGUUUUUUGGGUGGCUUGGUUGCGGGUUUAGUCGAGGGAUUGGCCGUUCCUGAUGCGGCCGUGCUUGGGAACUUUUUUGGGUCCUUGACCGUUGAGCAGAUCGGGUUGCCGGAGUUUGAUGUGAGGUUAAUGCAGAAAGUCAAGGACGAGGUGCACGCGAGGAAAAUGCAGCGUGAUGGACAUGAUGACGAAUCAAGGUUUACAAAAACGAGCGGUCAUGAACAGUUUAUUGCAUCGCUAGUUGCUGCCAAACUAAUAAAAACACAGACAGUUUCUCCUAAUCAUGUUCUUGAUCCCGACAUGCGGUACACAGAUGUUAUUUCUUAAAAAUAGUGUACCACGUUGUUAUCUGUUUGUGUUCUAAAUAGAGCUGUAUGUAUGAAUAAGGGAGCAUUGAAAUGGUAAUUACAAAGGUUUCAUCUUUCAUUCU